AGGUCCGUGACAGAGGAGGAGAAGAAGAAGAAGAGGAGAGAAGAGGAGAAGAGGAGAAGUACUGAGUGAAGGAGUUCAUCCAACAUGAGCCGGACUCUCUCGUCAUCUAACUCCACGUUGAACAAUGCGGAUGGGCUGAUACUUCUCCGUCGCGCUGCUGUUCCGUUCCUCUCUACACUCGCCGUUGAAUGUCCGUUGGCUAACUUUCCCUGUUAGCUCAAGUUUCCACGCGGACCGAGCCGAACGAUCCGAACCGAACCGCUCCCGGGCCAAACGAACGCCAUGAUUCCCGAAUGUCCCCGCGCCGGGGACUCGAGGAGCCGGGGCCGCUGCGUGUACAGCUCGGCGGCAGAACCGAGCCCGAGCCGCGGCGCCAGCGGCUUGUUGACGGAGAUCCAGACCACCAUCAACAACCAGCCGUUCACCGACCACUACACCAUCAUCCCCGGCAAAGAGCUCGGAAGGGGGAAAUUUGCCGUUGUCAGAAAGUGUGUGGAGAAAUGCUCGGGCCAUGAGUAUGCUGCAAAGUUCAUGAGGAAGAGACGGAAAGGCCAGGACUGCCGGAUGGAGAUCAUCCAUGAGAUUGCAGUGCUUGAGUUGGCCACAGUUAAUCCCCGGGUGGUCAACCUCCACCAGGUCUACGAGAUGGCUUCUGAGAUGGUGCUGGUCCUGGAGUUUGCGGCUGGAGGUGAGAUCUUCAACCAGUGUGUGUCAGAGGACGAGGCCUUCAGUGAGGACGACGUGAAGAGGCUCAUGAGGCAAAUCCUGGAGGGAGUCACCUUCCUCCAUCAGAACAACAUAGUCCACCUCGACCUCAAGCCUCAGAACAUCCUGCUGACCAGCAGCUCUCCUCUGGGUGACAUUAAGAUCGUGGACUUCGGCCUGUCCAGGAUGGUCUGCAGCCACCAGGAGCUCCGGGAGAUCAUGGGGACCCCGGAGUAUGUUGCUCCGGAGAUCCUGAAUUAUGAGCCCAUAAGUACAGCAACAGAUAUGUGGAGCAUCGGUGUGUUGGCCUAUGUGAUGCUGACGGGGAUCUCACCAUUCCUGGGCGAGGACAAGCAGGGGACGUUUCUCAACAUCUCCCAGCUCAAUGUGAGCUACACGGAGGAGGAGCUGCAGCAGCUGGACAAGGCAGCGCUGUCCUUCAUCCAGAUGUUGCUCCUCAAACAGCCACAGGAUCGGGCCACAGCGGAGCAGUGUCUCACACACCCCUGGCUUCAGCACUCAAAGACUCAGGAAACCCAGACGGUGGAGGAGAUCCUCCCGGUGACGGAGCAGGAGGUGUCCAGCACCACCAGUAGUCCUGAAACUCCCAGCUGCCAGACUACAGCUGUGGAUGAGGAGGAAGAACGGCCAGUGACAGAGGAGCUGAUCGUCAUGGCUGCCUACACUCUGGGUCAGUGCCGCCAGUCGUCCACCUCAGAGAAGGAGGCUCUGGCCGCCGAGCAGAAGGCCAUCUCCAAACGCUUCAAGUUUGAGGAGCCCUUCAGUGCCCUGCAGGAGGUCCCUGGGGAGUUCAUCUACUGACCCCAUUUCCCCACAGGAAAUGUUGCUGUUGUCACGGUAACAAAGCUUGUGUUUAUUCAAACUCUCCUCCAUAUAUACUGUACAUGUAUAAUCCGAUGCUGUUGCACAAUCAAACUGAUUUUAUUUAAAGAAGUUGGAUUUAAGUUCUUUGUUUUAAGUACCUACUCACUUAUUUCUCCCAUAAUGCAUCUCCUUGAGUGAUUCCCGCCAACUCCCACAUCCUAACAGGGCGACAGUAGGUUUAUUUCACUUGUAUUUCAUUUGCUUUGCUGUUGUAGUACUCGACCUUCCUGGACUGCCCGCCUUUAAAUCCCCAGGGUGCAUUUCAAAGCUCCAUGACUCCACUUCAGACGUCAUUAGAUGCCAAAACUCCCCAAAUCUUUUUUUCCCCUUUUCUGAAUGGAUUAAGCAGUUUGUAAAUUUACAAGUUGUGUGUAAUAUAAAGCCUCAUUACAUAAAUAAACUUAUACAAAAAUCAACACAUUGACUUAGAUUCAAAGUUUAUUUUUAUAUGAGAAAUGAUGCUAAUAUCACCACCAGAUCUGUUUAGUAGUUCUUCUGGAGCUUUUAGUCGUUGGCAAAAACUUCCUCUGUAGUCCAGUUGUCAUGGCAAAAACACUCUCAGAAAAAUAAAAAGGCAACAACAACAACAUCUGCAAAUUAGUGUGAAAUGACCAAAAGAUCAAUAGCAACAGAUAAAUCGACUUUAUAUAGUUAAGAAAAUAAUAUCUAAACUACUUCUACUUUUUUUCCCUUACCAUUUAUAUUAAUAGUAUUAUUCUAAUAAGGGUCACAGGCAUAGGGUUGCAAAAUGUGGGCAUAAUGAUCAGAGACUACACCUGCAGCAGGAGGGUAGUCUGGACAUUUGGAUUCCCCCACAGACAAACAGAGGAGGAGAAAACAGACUGAUAAACAUGUUGGUUCAGUUUCUGUGUUUCAGGACGGAGGUAGACUCUCAGCACAGAGGGCGGGGAGCGCUGUCUCGCUCUUCUGACGAAAUGAUUUGUAUAUUCAUGCUGUAAAAUAGCUGAUUUAUCCUUUUAUCAGUUCAUUUAAUGUUCUGAAAAUUGAAAGUUUGUUUUCAUAGGGCAGCAUAUGGUGGUCUACAUGAAUCUUAAUCAUAAAUGUACGGAGACAGUGACAGGCAGGUGCACUGUCUCCGUUUUACAUGUGUCACACAAGAAAUGCAUGUAUAAUAUAUAUAUACAAUAAAAGGGUCUGGGUCCGCAGGCAGCUGUUCUUACACUGACAGCAUCAUUACAAAGAGAAACCACCUCAGCAUAAAGCUUAUAUUACCAUUGCAAUCAACGCACUUUCAGUCCAAAGUAAUGCAAUAAUUGGACGUUUGGUCUCUCAUAGACCAAUCUAACAAAGGCUGAAGCUAUUUUGUUGUUGUUGUAAUACUACAAGUGGCCAUUAGGACAAAUUGGCAGCAAAUUGGUUGUACCCAGCUCUCCUAAAAAGGUUCUUUGUGUAAUAUUCAUAAUAAGUGGACUUCAGUCAACCAGUUGUUCACAUGUAUGAGUGAGUAUCCUGAGCAUCAGCCAAUAAUAGUGCCGCGAUGGCAUCAUGUUGAUAGAAACAACAUUUGCGACUAAAAUACAGGAUUUAUGAAGUGUAACAUUGUUUUCAGCUUUCUAGCUGGUACUUUGUAAACUGGUGAUGUUGGUACACUAUAUAUGAUAUGUUGGCCUUAGAUAGCAAGCUUUGUCACUCACUAAACUUGGAUUAUUACUGAUGUGAUCAUUUCCAUUGCAACCCUCAUCUUUCAUUAUUCAUGUUUCAGUAUCACAGAACAUAAACGUUUGCUUUUGUUUUUUUAAUAACGUGACUGGACUGAGUGGGACCUGAGACGAUGAUACUCCUCAGUUCUAAACAGACGAUAGUAGGCAGAUAGAAAAUCUACAUGAAAACCAACAAAGUAACAGGUUCUAAAGAGCAGACAGUUUUAUUUUGUGCUGGGGGACGCUCCUUAGUGUACUUUGAUGUCAACAUCAACAAGCUAGUGCAUGCAACCAAUGCUAAUUUUAAAAGACUUACAGAUAUGUUACCAUCUGCUCACACAUUCUUUCUCUUACAGAUAGGACCUUUAAUACAGGUUUGUGAUAUUAACUAUAAACCAGUGAUAGAAACUCAGGUGGAAACAGAAACUAACUGUUCUAACUCAAACGUGUUAGUUCAUGUAGGAUCACGAAAAGUGCACCUAGUUCAGGUGCUGGAAAUGAGCCAAUCGGAACAGAGGAUUCUUGGUGUUCACGGUCACACUGACAACAUCAGAACUGACUGACUGGUUUCAAUGCUGUGGCUGAUUAGUGUAAAGUGGUUCAGCCCUCCGUUCAUUGGGCGAACGCUGAAAUUUAACCAUCAUGUUUUGAUGAGGAGGAAGAGGGCAUUCUGGGAAAUAAAAUGUCACUGAAUACUGGUGGAAAAAGACGAUUCAAUUUGAAGGAAACUAACAAACUAACUCCAGCCAGCGAUUCUACAUCAUCGGUUUAACUUUUCUGCUUAAUACAUUUAUUAAUAGUGCUGGAGGUGUUGGUUUAAACUGAGAGGAAAUAAUAUGCACACAUGUUAUAUAGAAUUCACUUACAGUUCCAGUCAUCGUGUAUGUGCAUGUGUACUGAUGACCGAGGGACUGUCUGACACUCUCAUUAAUAAACAGUGAGAAGAACCUUUUUCAUGCUUAUUUGAAUCCAGAAGCCAAAUCUGUGUUAAUCUCUGUCCAGUUCUUCAUAUUCGCUGCUUUCAAAGACCAGCUGCUCCGAACUCAAUCCUGUUGGUGUCUUUAUUUUAUCUUAUGUAUUUGGUGCCAUGCUUGGAGAUAAUAUUUGGUUAUUUUAAGCUCUUGCUGUUUUAUUUCAGGUUUUUCUGUGUUAUAUUGCAAAUAUCUCUGAGACAAAGUUUUGGAGUUUUCUAAUCCUGUGUACUGAUGAACAUGUUGUUUUUAAGAAUUAUAAACUGUUUAAAGAGCCAUGUCACAUACAGUAUUACUCUCACAUUAAGGACUGACCUUCCCUGGUGUCAGCUUUCUCUCAAGCAAUAAAGACAGAUAGUUUUAAAUGUGUACACGUAGACUCCAGAUUUCCACUGGGUCUGAACUGUAAAUUUGUGUCAAUGAAACAGUGAGCUCUGUUACUAAAGGAAAAAAGAUUUGUUCAUGAAUGUCCCCUACUGUAAAUAAACACUUCA